AUGGGAAAGGUUCGCCACACGCCGUGGAAUAUUUUGCUUGAUGAGGAAGCUGGUGAUCGUAAUCAGCGACAGGAAGAGCCUGUUCCGAAAGAUGAUUUGCGGAAUAGAUCUGGUGGUUUUCGCAGCUCUGAGGAAACGAGCUCGCAAUCCUUGGAUCCAAAGCAGAUCGAGGAAAUUUUGCAGCUGCAUAAUGCUGACCAUCCCGGUAUGCAACUAGUAUCCGCUCAAUUAACAGGUGCUGAAAGUAAAUUGGAAUUACUUGAUGGAACUCUCCGUGAGCCUGAUUUUGCUUCUCCCUACUACAAAGCUUGGAUUAAAGCUGAUUAUAUGGUCUUCUCUUGGAUUAUUAACUCUAUAUCUAAGGAAUUAGUCAAUGCUUUUGUGCAUAUUGAAAAUACUAAGAAACUGUGGGAUGCGAUUUGCCAACGGUUUGGUCGAAGCAAUGGUCCAAAGAUAUAUAGAUUGCAACGUGAAAUCAGUGGUUAUACCCAAGGGAACCAGAGCGUGCUUGUAUACUUUAAUAAUCUUACUGCUUUGUGGGAUGAAUUGAAUAUGUUACUACCUCCAUUAACUUGUGUCUGUGGCACUCGAGAAGCUGGUGUUAACAGAGAAGAAAAUCAGCGACUUAUGCAGUUUUUGCUUGGUCUCAAUGAAUCAUUUGGGAGUGCUCGCAGUCAAAUCUUGUUUCUUGAUCCUUUGCCAAGCGUAAACCGUGCUUAUUCUAUGGUUCUACAAAUUGAAGAUCAGAAAAUCACGGUAGAAAGUUUUGGAGAUGCACAUGUUAUGCAGGCUGUGGCUGGGGGUAAACAAAGCUCUAGCAAAGGGAAGAAGUCUUUUGGAUUCAGUAGGCAAUCACAGCUGCCUUAUAAAGGCAGGAAAUCAAAGGAUGAGCGGUUGAAGCUAUUUUGCAACCAUUGUGAACGCAAUGGACAUGAAGAAAGUGAAUGCUUCAAGCUCCAUGGUUUUCCUGACUGGUAUAAACGGCUUUGUUGUUUAUGA